AUGUACUCUCACGGAUCCACUAUGCUCUACUUUCUGGUCUAUGUUGAUGAUUUACUUCACACCGGCAAUGAUCAGGCCACCCUCACCUGGUUUCAAGACUUUCUUUCGAGUCGCUUCUCUCUCAAAGAACUUGGGGAUGUCAAUUAUUUCCUAGGCAUCGAGGUUAUUCCUACUUCAACAGGCUAUAUACUCUCUCAACACAAAUACAUGGUCGAUGUUCUACAGAGAUUCCUCAUGACUGAUGCCAAAGCUGUUGACACACCUCUUGCUGCUUCGACAUCUCUCACUCUUCAGGAUUGUUCUCCACCUACUGAUGCCACUCGCUAUCGUCAAGCACUCGGUGCCCUCCAAUAUCUUGUCUCCACCCGCCCAGACAUCGCCUACUCAGUCAACAAGCUCUCCCAAUAUAUGCAUGCUCCAUCCUCGUCUCACUGGCAGUGUGUGAAACGGCUACUACGAUAUGUCUCUGGCACUCUCACUUGUGGCCUAUCUAUUCGUCGCUCCAAUGCACCACUGCGUCUAUCUGCCUUUGCCGACUCUGCCUGGGUAGGAAAUCUUGAUGAUCGCUCCUCCACUUCUGGUUAUCUUGUCUACUUUUGUUCCACCCUCAUAUCCUGGCGGUCUCAAAAACAGCGGACGGUGGCUCGCUCUAUACCGAGGCAUAAUAUUGUGCCAUUGCCCAUGCCACCGCUGAAUUGCAAUGGGUGCAGAAACUUCUCCUUGAGCUACGCCAUCCUCUACCUGCUCCACCUACCAUCUACUCCGACAAUCUCGGCGCCACCUACUUCAGCUCCAAUCCGGUCUUUCAUUCUCGCAUGA